AAUAAUUAUUUUACUGGCCAUCUCAUUUGAAAAAAAAAUCAACAAUAGGCAUUAAUAUUAAAAAAAAAAAACAAAACUACAAAGUUUCACACAUUAUAUUAGCAUAAACAAACACAAACACAUUCUUGGGGUUAUGAUAUGGUUUUAGUAGGAGAGUAGAUUAGACAUUAUACUGCUCCACUACACCCACUAUUGAUUUAUUGUUAUUAUUUAGUGUAAUGAUUGGUUACAAAACAAAGCUAAAAAAAAUAAAAUAAAUAAUAAUAAAUAAAAAUAAAAGAAAGAGAGAGAGAGCAAGAUAAUAUUUUACCUGUUUUUAAAAAUGUUUAUAGAAGUAGGUGUGAGCCUUAUAUAAUUCAGGGUCUGUUGACUUCUAGUUACUAAAAAACAUGUGCAAAGUUAUACAAAUGUCUCAGUUUAUAUGGAACUGGGAGGUCUGUUCUAAGGUAAUCAUUAAAGAUCAUAAACUUUCAAGGUUAAAUUACACAGAGCAGCUCGAUAUACACUCACUGUUCUGCGUAUUUUAGGACCCUGUGAGUGACUGUGGUGACGACAACAGCAAACAUGGAUCAACACCAUGGCAGACCAACAUGGAGCAGGCAGAUAGAAUUCACUUUAGCCGGCAUUGGCUCAGCUGUGGGCCUGGGAAACGUAUGGAGGUUUCCUUAUCUUUGCUACCGGAGUGGAGGAGGUGCCUUUCUGGUUCCAUACCUGCUCAUGCUGGUGGUACUGGGAAUUCCUCUUCUCCACAUGGAGCUGAUCAUGGGCCAGUUCACAAGGAGAGGGCCUGUCCAUGCUCUGGCUUAUGCCUGUCCACUGCUAAAAGGAGUGGGCAUGGCAACAGUUGCGAUCUCCUUCAUAAUGUGCACCUAUUACAAUGUUGUCAUCACCUGGGCACUCUAUUAUCUCUUUAGCUCCUUCCAGGACCCACUGCCAUGGCAAAACUGCAACAACACUUGGAACACACCCAACUGUACCAGCCAUGCAACCAACAGCAGUUACACAUCUACCGCAAGCCAGGAGUUCUUCAAAUACAAGAUGCUAAAACCCACAAGUGGAGUGGAAGAGGCUGGACAGAUACGUUGGCCACUCUUCCUUAUUCUCCUCCUGUCCUGGAUCCUUAUUUAUUUAUGUAUUUUCAAGGGUGUAAAAUCGACAGGCAAGGUGGUGUAUUUCACAGCCCUGUUUCCAUAUGUUAUCCUAAUUGCCCUGCUUAUCAAUAAUGUGCAACUACCUGGGGCAUUAGACGGAAUUACCUUUUUUAUUGUGCCUGACUGGAAGAAACUGCUUGUAGUGGAGGUGUGGGUAAACGCUGCUGCUCAGAUCUUUAACUCCAUCGGGAUUGGAUUUGGCUCCUUAAUGGCCAUGUCCAGCUACAACUCCUUUCACAACAACAUCAUAAAGGACACACUGUCCAUAUCUGUUAUCAACUCCUUCACCAGUAUCCUGGCAGGAUUUGUCAUUUUCUCUGCCUUUGGAUACAUGUCUCAUCUUCAGGUAGGAAUCCCUUGUGUAUUGCAGGUGGGCAUCUAUGUUUUUCAACUGAUGGACCAUUACACUGCCAUAGUCUCUAUCAUGUUUUUAGCAUUUUUUGAGGUCAUGGCCAUAUGCUGGAGUUAUGGUGCGAAUCGACUCUCAGACAACUUGGAAGCAAUGACCGGAAAGAAAGCCAACAUCUUUUUUCGACUGUGUUGGCUCAUCAUAGCACCGGGACUGAUCACUGUCAUCCUCAUAUUUUCUGUCAUACAAUUCAAACCAGCCCGUUAUGAGGAGUACAUCUUUCCUCCGUGGGCUCAAGGCGUUGGUUGGGUCAUUGCUAUGGCCUCUAUCAUCUGGAUUCCUUUGGGCGCCGUUCACACACUGUGGGUGCUGCCUGGCUCAUUAGUACAGAAACUAAAGCUAUCACUGACGCCAACCUGCCUGGAGGAGACGUCAAAGAUUCCGUACUAUGAGAGGGGAGGAGUAGAUAAACAUCCAGCUGUUGCUGUCGUCAGUUCAAACUUUCCAGCAUCAGAGAAAUCUCCAAUUCAGACCAACCUGUGAUACCUUGUUUACAACUGUAAUGCUAGACUUUGCCAUAUUCGUGGCACCAGUUUGUGUAUGUACAUGUAUUUAACAUAACAUUUUUGCAGAAAUAUAAUGCAAGGUUAAGAAAAUGUAGACCUUACACAUAUUUGGAUGAUUAUGGAGGGAUUCUGUAGGUGUUUGUAAACAAAUAUCAUGCAGCUCCUCUGUAUCUCCUGCAGGGGCUGCUAUAAAAGCAGUGUGAAUUCCCAGGUUCUUUAGUAAUAUUGUGAUUUGGUCUGCAGUUUUCUAGAAUAACAAUAAUAAAUUAAUCAUAACAAGACAUGUUGAGUUUCACUGUCCUGGCCUUGGUGACAGUGAUAUUUGUAUCUGUACAACUCGAGGGACUCGUUUUGUUGUCAUUACAUAAACCAGGCAGUAUUUUAAAAUGUGUUAUAGUUAAACUCUUAGCUUAUAGACUGUAGACAUGGUUUCAUUCUAAAAAUCCUAUAUUGCAUGUUUGGCACUUAUCAGGUCUCUUUCAAUUGUAAAAUUCAAUUUCAUGCACGUUUUGUGACCUGUGAAAAUUCUGAAGAUUCUUUCUUAGUAGCAAUUGCCUUUAAAUUAUUAUAUUAACUGAUUUCAAAUUAAAAUCAAAUAACAAGUGAAAUGUAAAAAGUCAUAACAGAAUAAAAUACUAAAUAAUUUAUUAUAUACUUGCAGACUAAGAACAUUUACACACACACAAAAAAACCUUGGGAUGAAUGAGGUAAACAAACUGUGGUAAUUUUUCUUUUUUUUAUCAAAGUUAAAAAAAAAAUAAACAUACUAAUUAGAUAUAUUCUAAUCAUAUAUCUUUCAGAUCUAGGCCAAAAGCAGUUGGGUUUUUUCUUUUCAAAUCCGUUUUGGGCAAAAAGAAAAAAACAAAAUUGGGUUACAUGAAACUCAAACUGCAUGUUUUCAGUUCAGUUAACUCGUUGCUAUUAUUUAACUUCUGGUGACCUUUUUGAUGGUGAUGUCUCGCGCCUCCUACGUGAGCUUGUUUGCUUUCCAAAUGGCACCAUCUGUAGGCCACUUUUAUAGGUGCAGAUGAUCAAAAAAAAAGUCUGCACCUAGCACGUGCUGGGGUCUCUUUGAUGAUCGUGUCAUUCCACAUCAU